AUGGCUGAUGCUGAGCUACUGGUUCAAGUGAGGAGCCUGCUCUUGCUUCUCUGGAUGAGGGUGUUUCUCUUCCAGAGUGGAUGGACCCAGGUUGGACACUGCCACAACCAAAACUCCCCAGAAGUGGUGAUUCCCGUGAAGGUAACAAGGUCUGGCAGAGACGCUAGGUCUUCAAGCUGGCUCUCAUAUAGCAUGCAUUUUGGGGGUCAGAGGCACAUUGUCCACUUGAAAACCAACAAGUUGUUUUUGGCUAGGCACAUACCGGUGUUCACGUACACAGAGCAGGGAGCACUGCUCGAGGACCAUCCCUUCUUUCAGGAUGACUGUUUCUAUCACGGUUAUGUGGAGGGAGACCCAGAAUCCCAGGUUGCCCUCAGUACCUGUUUUGGGGGCUUUCAAGGAACAUUAAUGACAAAUGACAUUACUUAUGGAAUCAAGCCCAAACUGCUUUCUACCACAUUUGAACAUCUGGUCUAUAGGAGGGAGAGUGAUGAGUCUUUUACUCUCACAGACUGUGGAAUGACAGAUAAAGAAAUCACAGCACAAUUGAAACUUGUCAAAAGGAGAAUUACCCCAGAGAUGAGGGUUAGGUAUUUGGACUGGUGGAUCCACACGUUUUAUAUUGAAGUGGGAGUGGUUGUAGACAGGCAGAGGUUUCUUCAUUCCAACAGAAACAUUACACUGGUGUUCAAUGACAUCUGCCUGGUGAUGAAUCAAGUAGGCCUGUUACUAAAAGCUUUGGCCCUCCAGGUGGCUUUAAUGGGAGUUGAGGUCUGGUCUCAGAAAAACUUGAUCCCGAUACAUGAUGUGAACGAUACAUUGAAAAUUUUUUGUAUUUGGAAGCAGUCUGCCUGGGUGAAUCGCCUGCCACAUGAUAUUGCACAUCUUUUUGUAAAGAAGAAUUUUUCACGUGCUCUGGGUGCCAGCUAUUGGGAAUCAGCCUGUGAUCCUAGUCAGAGUUGUGCAGUCGAGCCUUUCUUGGAAGACAAUAUCGAAGCAUUUUCUUACAAAGUGACACAUCAGAUUGGCCAUAAUGUUGGUAUGGUGCAUGAUUCUAUAAAAAAUUGUACAUGUGGUGAGGAUCAUUGCAUCAUGUUCUAUGAAUAUAAGCCCUCAAGGAAAUUCAGCAACUGCAGUUUCAAUGAAUUCUGGGAAUUUGCAUAUACACAAACAUGUUUGUAUAGUCUGUCAGCUCCAAAUAAGAUGUUCAAGCACAUACGUUGUGGGAACGGUGUGGCUGAAGAAGGAGAAGAAUGUGAUUGUGGCACUAUGGAGUUAUGCUCCGAAGAUCUUUGUUGUAAUUCAAACUGCACUCUCAUUCCCGGGGCUAGCUGUGCUUUUGGACUUUGCUGCGAAACAUGUGGGCUCAUGGGUCCAGGAGAAGUCUGCAGAAAGGUGGAGAAUGAGUGUGAUCUCCCCGAGUGGUGCAAUGGGACAUCCCAUCAUUGCCCAGAAGAUGUGUACAUACAGGAUGGAUUUCCAUGCUCUAAUGGAUACUGUUAUGAGAAAAGAUGUAAUGGCCGUGAUGACCAGUGUAGAAAAAUCUUUGGUCCACAGGCCAAGAGUGCGAACAUGAAGUGUUAUAAGGAAAUAAACAGCCAAGGUGACCGUUUUGGCCACUGUGGUAUAAUUGAUACUCAGUAUAUAAAAUGUAAUGGCUCCCAAAGGCUAUGUGGCAGGAUUCAAUGUGACAAUGUGAAGAAACUUCCUUUGUUGAUAGAUCAUACUACUGUACAUUUCACUAACUUCCAAAACAUCCAUUGCUGGGGGACUGACUACCAUAUUGGGAUGAGCAUACCUGACAUUGGUGCAGUGACUGAUGGCACACUGUGUGGUCUAGAUCAAAUCUGCAUCCAAAGAAAAUGUGUUGAUAUUUCAGUCUUGGAUCUCACAACUUGCACAGCAGAAAUAUGCACCAACAAUGGAAUCUGCAACAAUAAGCAUAAUUGCCAUUGUGACUAUGGAUUUUCUCCACCCUUCUGCUCUGAACCAGGUUAUGGUGGUAGUAUUGAUAGUGGUCCAGCACCUGAAAAACAAGAGUUUUUAAAGGAUAUGGGCCUUGACUACCUGUUAAUAAAUUGGCUUUUUCGUAUUCUAGCUUUAUUAUUUUGUGCCUGCUGUUUGAUUAUUAUAGGACCAUUUGAAGAUGAAGAUGAAUAA